AAAAUUGGAGGCAGAAAUAAUAUGAAUAAAAAUGAACAAUUGUAAAAAAUUGAUGAGAUCAAAUUAGUUUUGUAGUUGUUGUUGUGGCCGUAGAAAGAUGAUCAACCAACGUUUACAUCAAAUAUAAUAUAAAAAAAAAUAGUAGAUAGUAGAUAUAACAAACAAAAUGAUAAAUCAACGAAAACGAAAACUUUGAAAAAAAAACGAAAACAAUUGGAGAUCAAUUAUUAUUAUUUCAUCAUCUUUAUCUUAAAACCAAACAUUAGCAUCUAUCGAUCGAACACAUACACACACAGACACAAUGAGUUAUUAAAAACUUUCUUAGGUUCGAAUUAACCGUUAGUUAUUGCUCUCUUUAUUUAUGUUGUUUGUUUGUUGAUAAUUGUUAUGACACAGAUUUAUUUAUGUAACCAAAAAAAAAUUGGUCAGCAGCAACAAUAAUAAAACCGUAAUUAGUCAUGUAAAAAAGAUAAUCAUAAUGUGGUGGCGGUUGUUGUUGUCCGUUGUGUUUUACAAUGAAGAUUUCAUUUCGUUUUCUAAUCAGGAUUAGAAUGAAAUCAAUCAUAGAUCGUUGAUCAUUUUAUUGAUAAUAAUGGUAAAUGUCGUUCGAAGAAUACCACAAACCAAACAUAUGAAUAAAUUUCACCAAAACACCAUUCAGAUUUGAUUCAUUUUUUCUCCUUUCUUUCUCUUGGUUCAAUUUGUAUGGACCAAAUUUUGUUUAUCGUGGCUCAUUUAGCACAUUGAUUAUCAACACAACACACCAUCACAAACAAACCGAGAGAAAGAGAAACACAAUUUUUUUCACACAAAAAAGAGAAAAUGGCAAGAUUUUCAUAAGCAAAAAAAAAAAAAAAAAAAAUGAAGGUAGAAAAAAUAAAAAGAUCAUUUCCUCGUCAUUUCUACUUUCAUCAUCAAGCAAAUUAUGUGCUUCUCUCAUACACACAUUUAUCUUCAAGAUUUUUUUUGCUCUUUUCUUCAAGUUUGUCUUGUCUUUUUUUUUUUUUUUGAUAUCUUUUAUCUACACAACAUUGCAAUGAUCAUGAUGAUAAUGAUGAUGAUGACGAAGAAAAUGAAAAAAAAAAAAACAAAGAGCCUAUGCAUAAAAAGAGACAAUCCAGGAUCAAAAUUUUUAAUGAUGAGUUUUCAGUUGUGUUCAGCAGCAGUGUUUUUCGUGUAUGUGGUUGUGGUUGUUCUUAUGGUGAUGAUGAUGAUGAUGUUAAUGAUGAUGGAGAAAUUUUUUUUUGUUGCUCUUUUCUGCUAAAAAAAUUUAUUUGUCGUCGGUUCCUUUUUUUUCCGAAAUCAUUUGGGUACGUCUGCACAACAGUCAGCCAACCUGCCACACCAUAAUAUUUUUUUUUCAUUUGCCAUAAGUAUUAUAUAUGGAUGGGGAACUCUGUUCUCUGUGAUAUCGUAUAUUCGGCAAUAAUUUUAUGGACAUUUAUAUUUGAGAUACAAUCAAAUCAUAUAACAAUAUCUCAAUGUUAUGGAUGAAAAUUAUUUUAUGGCAUUCUGAUGAUCCAUUCAUUGAUCAAAAUGUGUAAGACAUAAUCACAAUUUAUUUAGCCCAAUUGAAUUCAAUUGGGAUAGUGUCUAUAUAUUUUUUGCUAAUCAAUGUAUAGCAAUAAUGGGAUAGACUGGCAUUGCUGCUGCUUCUUCUGCUUGUGUAUUUACAAAUGGCCCAUAGCUGCCACUAUCCAAAUACACACACAGACAUGGCAACACUAUUCGAAUAUUGAGAAAAACAAAUCGAAUGAUGGAAAAAAAAUAUCAACAAUAAAAUCCUAUUCAAAAAUAUAGUGUUUUCAGAACUUAUUUUCGUGUAUGUAUACAUCAAUUUUGUUUAAGAAUUUUUUCUUUUGAAUGUCUAUUAUUGAUGAUGGUGAUCCAUCGAUCGAAUGUUCGAAAAUCGACAAUAUUAUCACCAAUGGUUGUGAAACAUUACGACAAUUAUGGGCAUGGUUAAAUCUGGAUAUUUUUUCAAACACUUCCAAUAAUUUAAUAGUUUCGACAAUUCGACGGCCACGUAUACACAGAAAUUCGAAUGGACCAAAAGUUAUACUUUGUCAUGAUUAUCGUUUUAAUUAUCAUGAAAGAUUAGCCGAUGAAGCUAUUGGUUGUCAUUCAUUUGUUCAAAAUUAUCAUGAAUAUUCGAUUCAAUUUUAUACAUUUAUUUAUUGGUCAUUGAUCGAUAUUUUCAUAUAUUUCUCUCACAAAUUCAUAACAAUUCCACCACCAGAAUGGAUUCAAGCUUGCCAUCAAAAUGGUGUUUCAUGUUUUGGCACGAUUCUUGUUGAAGAAUGGACUAAAUACGAUGAUGAUGAUGAUGAUGAACAACAGAUUGAUGGAAAACAAUUUCUUGAUAAAAUAUUAGCCAACACAGAUGUGAUUGAUAGAUUUAUAACCGCAUUGGUAAACAUUCAAUUAUUCUAUAGAUUCGAUGGAUGGUUAUUGAACAUUGAAACAUCGAUUGAUCCAGAGAAAAUUCCUCACAUGAAAUAUUUUAUCCAGCAACUUAAAUCUAGAAUAAAAUCUAAUACAUUGCAAACAAGCAACGAAACACAAAUCAUAUGGUAUGAUUCCGUUACGCGAACUGGUAAACUAGAAUGGCAAAACGAAUUAAACGACAUGAAUAAGACAUUUUUCGAAGAUUCAGAUGCAAUUUUUCUAAAUUAUACAUGGAAUAAUGAAAAUCUUGUGAAUAGCCGUAAUAAAGCCCGUGAAUAUUGUAGACAAUAUGAUUGUUAUGUUGGUGUUGAUUGUUAUGGUCGUGGAUGUUUUGGUGGUGGUGGCAUUGAAGGAACAUGGAAAGCUGUGAAAAAAAUUCUCGACAAUAAUCUAUCUGUUGCUAUAUUUGCACCCGGUUGGACACAUGAAUCAAAAAUCUGUCCAGAUGAUCUUUGUGUUCGACAUUCGAAUGAUGAUGUCGCUGAUGAUCAAAAACAUAAUGAUUGCCAGAUGCCAUAUUGGAAACGGAUUCAACAACCAACGACCAACAUUUAUAGUAUGGAAGAUGAAUUUGAAUUUUGGUCUCGAAUCGCUAUUGAUGGACAAUUAUUGGAAAAAUGUGAAAAACUUCUGAUCACAUUACCAUUAAAAACAUGUUUCAAUAUUGGUCAUGGUUAUGGAUAUUUUCAACAUGGUCAACGAAUAGAAUCAAAAUCAUGGUUAAAUUUUCAUCAUCAUGAUCUACAGCCAUUUGUAUUUAGUGGGCUAAAUGAAUGGAAAAAUGAUUCAUAUCGUUUAUCAAUUUCAUAUGAUCAACCAUACAAUGGUGGAUCAUCAUUAAAAAUGGAUUUAUUCGAUACGUCCAAACGACCAUUAAUAUCAAAACCAGUGAUAUUAUUUCGAACACAAAUUCCUAUUGAUGAUUCCAAGAACUUUCUAUAUCGAUUUGUUUAUAAAUUUCAUGAGAAUAAUUCGGAUGACAAGAAAUGGCUGAAGGAAAAUCUAAAAAUUCGUACUAUUAUCAAUUAUAAUCGUGACAUUGUCAGUGAUGAAGAUAAUUAUUCAGCCAUAAUCAUCGAAUCUGAUGGAUGGUAUAUUCGAAAUUCCGAUGAAAUUAUCAUUGAUCCUAUAAUUCGACAGCCAUUCACAAGCUAUCAUCAAUCAAUCAUCGAUGAUUGGUAUUCGUUUCAAAUGUGUAUAAAUCUUCAUGAUCAAAUUCAUGAUUAUCAUCAUCGAAUUAUUUUGACAACGUUUCAAAUUGAACCAUAUUUUGUAACCGAAUUGAUUUCGGAAAAUUCAUCAUCAUCUGCUGCUCAAAUAUUUUUCGGUAAAUUUGAUUUUGAUCAAUUUUAACAAUUAGAACAUUAACCAACACAAGAUGGCGCCUAUUUGACUGUUAUUUUGAUGAUGUGAUAAUUUAUCUUGGUAUUCGAAUUUGAUUUUUUAAAUACUUU